AUGUGCUUUUGCAAAAGUGCUGUCUCCAGUGUUUUCCCACUUCUCAAGGUGUUUAACAAACCUGGUGCCUGAGGAAAGAGGGCAGUGCUGAAAAUCCCUGUCUUGUUACAGAGGAAGCCCUGGAGGAGCCUAGGUUGGGGCAAUCGGCUGCCAUACUUUACAAACUACUUCUUUGACACCUACCUGCUGAUCAACGAGGAUACUCCUGUGGGCUCCUCAGUGACUCAGCUGCUGGCCCGGGACCUGGACAACGAUCCACUGGUCUUUGGUGUGGUCGGGGAGGAGGCUGGGCGGUUCUUUGCAGUGGAGAGUGUCACUGGUGUUGUCUGGCUCAGGCAGCCCUUGGACAGAGAGACUAAGUCAGAAUUCACGGUUGAAUUUUCUGUCAGUGACAGCCAAGGGGUGAUCAAAGGGACGGUCAACAUCCAGGUGGGAGAUGUGAAUGACAAUGCCCCACAGUUCCACAACCAGCCCUACAGCGUCCGCAUCCCAGAGAAUACACCAGUGGGCACUCCAAUUUUCAUAGUGAAUGCCACAGAUCCGGACCAGGGGGCAGGAGGCAGUGUGCUUUACUCCUUCCAGCCUCCUUCCAAUUUCUUUGCCAUUGACAGUGGCCGCGGCAUCGUGACAGUGAUCCGGGAGCUGGACUAUGAAGUGACUCAGGCGUACCAGCUCCAGGUUAACGCAACGGACCAAGAUAAAAACAAGCCUCUGUCCACUUUGGCCAACCUGGCAAUCACUAUCACAGAUGUGCAGGACAUGGACCCCAUCUUCAUCAACCUGCCCUACAGUACAAACAUCUACGAGAACUCUCCUCCGGGUACCACUGUGCGCAUGAUAACAGCCAUUGACCAGGACAAGGGCCGUCCCCGGGGCAUUGGCUACACCAUCGUCUCAGGUAACACCAACAGCAUCUUUGCUCUGGACUACAUCAGUGGAGCCUUAACCUUGAAUGGGCUAUUGGACCGGGAAAACCCCUUCUAUAGUGCUGGAUUCAUCCUCACAGUGAAGGCGACAGAGCUGAACGAUGACCGCACACCCUCCAAUGCAACCGUCACCACCACCUUCAACAUCCUUGUCAUUGACAUCAAUGACAACGCACCCGAGUUCAACAGCUCCGAGUACAGCGUGUCCAUCCCAGAGCUGGCCCAAGUGGGCUUUGCCCUUCCCCUCUUCAUCCAAGUGCAGGACAAAGAUGAGGGACCCAACAGCGUUUUCGAGGUUUACCUGGUGGGCAACAACUCCAACCACUUCAUCAUCUCACCGACCUCCAUCCAGGGGAAAGCAGACAUCCGUGUCCGCGUGGCAGUGCCGCUUGACUUCGAGACCAUUCCCCGCUACGAGUUUUCGCUCUUUGCAAAUGAGAGCGUCCCAGACCACGUCGGCUUUGCGCGUGUGAAGAUCAACCUCAUCAACGAGAACGACAACCGCCCCAUUUUUAGCAAGGCCCUGUACAACGUCAGCCUCUUCGAGAACACCACGGUGGGCACCACCGUCCUCCAGGUCCAUGCAACUGACAACGAUGUGGGCACAUAUGGGAAAGUCAGUUAUUUUUUCAGUGAUGACCCUGACCGUUUCUCACUGGACAAGGACACAGGCGUCAUCCUCCUGACAGCUCGGCUGGACUUUGAGACCACACAGCGCUACACGUUGACCGUCAUUGCCCGGGACGGCGGCGGGGAGGAGACCACGGGGCGCGUGCGGAUCAACGUCCUCGAUGUCAACGACAACAUCCCCACCUUCCAGAAGGAGGCAUACCUGGGGGCCCUGCGGGAGAACGAGCCCUCCGUCACACAGGUGGUCCGGCUCCGGGCAUCUGAUGAGGACUCUCCUCCAAACAACCAGAUCACAUACAGCAUCGUGCAGGCAUCUGCCUUCCGUGACUACUUUGACAUCACAGUGUCAGAAGGAUACGGAGUGAUCAGUGUGAACCACCCCCUCGACUAUGAGCAGCUGGCCAAUGGAGUUAUUUACCUGACUGUGAUGGCCAAGGAUGCCGGCAGCCCGCCGCUUAACAGCACCGUUCCCGUCACCAUCGAGGUGUUUGAUGAAAAUGACAACCCCCCCACGUUCAGCAAGCCCUCCUACGUCAUAACUGUCAUGGAAGACAUUAUGGCAGGAGCCACAGUGCUGUUUCUCAAUGCCACAGACAUGGACCGUUCCAGGGAGUAUGGGCAGGAGUCGAUCAUCUACUCCCUGGAGGGCUCCUCGCACUUUCGCAUCAAUGCUCGCUCAGGAGAAAUCACAACAACGUCUUUGCUGGACCGGGAGGCCAAAUCCGAAUACAUCCUCAUUGUCCGGGCGGUAGAUGGAGGUGUGGGCCACCAUCAGAAGACAGGCAUUGCUAUGGUGAACAUUACACUCCUGGACAUCAAUGACAACUAUCCCACAUGGAAAGAUGAGCCAUACUUCAUUAACUUGGUGGAAAUGACCCCUCCCAACUCGGACGUCACCACGGUGGUGGCUGUCGACCCAGACCUGGGGGAGAACGGCACAGUGGUGUACAGCAUCCGACCCCCCAACAAGUUCUACAGCCUCAACAGCACCACAGGCAAGAUCCGCACCAGCGGUGUGCUGCUGGACCGGGAGAACCCCAACCCGCAGGAGGCGCAGCUGAUGCGAAGGAUCGUCGUGUCGGUCACCGACUGUGGGAGGCCACCCCUGCGAGCUACCAGCAGUGCCACGGUUUUCGUCAACCUGCUGGACCUGAAUGACAAUGACCCCACUUUCCAAAACCUGCCUUUCACUGCUGAGAUCGCAGAGGGCCUUCCCGCGGGCUCCUCUGUCUUCCAGGUGGUGGCCAUCGACCUGGAUGAGGGUCCAAAUGGGCAGGUGACGUACCGCAUGCAGGUGGGGAUGCCUCGCAUGGAUUUCCUCAUCAACAGCACCAGUGGGCUUGUCACAUCCACCACUGUGCUGGACAGGGAGAGGAUCAGCGAGUACUACCUGCGGGUGGUGGCCAGCGAUGCCGGCGUGCCCUCCAAGAGCUCCACCAGCACCCUGACUGUCAAAGUGCUGGAUGUCAACGACGAGAACCCCACCUUCUUCCCAGCCAUCUACAACGUGUCUCUGCCUGAGGACGUGGCCCGAGAUUUCAAAGUAGUCCGACUCAACUGCACAGAUGCUGACGUUGGGCUGAACGCUGAGCUCAGCUACUUCAUCACAGGUGGGAACCAGGAUGGCAAAUUCAGCGUCGGCUUCAGGGAUGGGGUGGUCAGGACAGUCGUGAGUCUGGACAGGGAGACCGUGGCAUCAUACACACUGAUCCUGGAGGCCAUUGACAACGGCCCCACAGGGAAUCGGCGCACUGGCACUGCCACCGUGUAUGUGACUGUCCUGGACGUCAACGACAACCGACCCAUCUUCCUUCAGAGCAGCUACGAAGUCAGCGUCCCCGAGGACAUCCCUCCCGCCAGCAGCAUAGUGCAGGUGAAAGCCACAGAUGCAGAUGAAGGCAUUAAUGGGAGAGUGUGGUACAGGAUUGUCAAGGGAAACGAGCACAACCACUUCCGCAUCAAUCCCAGCACGGGGCUGGUGAUGCGAGGCGUGCGGCACCUCGACAGGGAGCAAAACUCCUCUCACGUCCUGGAAGUGGAGGCCUACAACACGGAGCAGGGCCCCAUGAGGAGCUCUGUGCGGGUGAUCGUCUAUGUGGAAGAUGUCAAUGACGAGGUGCCAGUGUUCACCCAGCGGCAGUACAACCGCCUGGGGCUGCGGGAGACGGCGGGCAUUGGCACUUCCGUGGCCGUGGUCCGGGCCACUGACCGAGACACAGGGAACGGAGGUCUGGUGAGCUACAAAAUCCUGUCGGGCGCCGAAGGAAAGUUUGAGAUCGAUGAGAGCACGGGCCUCAUCACAACAAUCGAGUACCUGGACUACGAGACCAAGACCAGCUACCUGAUGAAUGUCUCUGCCACGGACCAGGCUCCCCCCAACAACCAGGGCUUCUGCAGUGUGUAUGUCAGCCUGCUGAACGAGCUAGAUGAGGCUGUGCAGUUCUCCAACAGCAGCUAUGAGGCUGUGAUCAUGGAGAACAUCCCCCUGGGCUCUGAGGUGGUCCGGGUCCAGGCCCGCUCCAUCGACAACCUCAACCAGAUCACCUACAAGUUUGACCCCAACACCAAUGCGCAGGCACUCUCUCUCUUCAAAAUCAACGGGAUCACUGGUGUGAUAACUGUCAAAGGCCAGGUGGAUCGAGAGAAGGGAGAUUUCUAUACCUUGACAGUGGUGGCUGAUGAUGGAGGACCAAAGAUUGACUCCACAGUGAAGGUGACCAUCACAGUCCUGGACGAGAACGACAACAGCCCGCAGUUUGACAUCACGUCCGACUCGUCAGUGAGCGUGGCGGAGGACAGCGCGCUCGGCAAGCGGGUGGCCCUGGUCCUGGCCCGUGACCCAGACGCAGGCAGCAAUGGGCAGGUAACCUUCUCGCUGACGUCAGGGAACAUUGGCCAGGCUUUUGAGAUCCGUACCACCAACAACACCUACGGUGAGGUGUUUGUGGCACGGCCGCUGGACCGGGAGCUGCUGGACCACUACACCUUACGGAUCCAAGCCUCGGAUGGCGGCGUGCCGCCCCGCAGGAAGGAGCACAUGCUGCGCGUCAACAUCCUCGACGUCAACGACAAUCCCCCCGUCAUUGACAGCCCCUUCGGCUACAACGUGAGCGUGAGCGAGAACGUCGGUGGUGGCACAGCAGUGGCCCAGGUACGUGCCACCGACCGGGACAUCGGCCUCAACAGCGUCCUCUCCUACUACAUCACCCGUGGGAACGAGGACCUGACGUUCCGCAUGGACCGUGUCACCGGCGAGAUCGCCACCCGGCCUUCCCCGCCCGACCGUGAGCGGCAGAGCUUCUACAGCCUCCUGGUCACCGUGGAGGACGAGGGCAACCCCUCCUUGUCGGCCACCACCACAGUGCGCGUCACAGUCCUGGAUGAGAACGACAACGCUCCUGCUUUCCGGCAGCAGCUGUAUGAGGUGACCCUUGACGAAGGUCCCGACACGCUCAACGCCACGCUGGUCACCGUGCAGGCCCUGGACCAGGACGAGGGGCCCAACGGCACAGUGGCCUAUGCCAUCACCGAAGGCAACAUUUUGGGUACCUUCCACAUCGACAGUGUCACGGGGCAGAUCAGCACGGUGAAAGAGCUGGACUAUGAGAUCAGCCAUGGGCGCUACACCUUGAUUGUCACCGCCACUGACCAGUGCCCCACUGUCUCACGCCGCCUGACAUCGACUGCCACGGUGCUGGUGAACCUCAAUGACAUCAACGACAACUGUCCCACCUUCCCGCGGCCCUACGAGGGUCCCUUUGACAUCACGGAAGGGCAGCCCGGCCCCCGUGUCUGGACCUUCCUGGCCCACGAUGGCGACUCAGGACCCAACGGGCAAGUGGAGUACAGCAUCAUCGCCGGAGACCCCUUGGGAGAGUUUGUGAUCUCCCCAGUGGAAGGGGAGCUGCGGGUACGGAAGGAUGCGGAGCUGGACCGCGAGAACAUCCCCUUCUAUAACCUCACCAUCGCCGCCCGGGACCGAGGGGUGCCCCCUCUCAGCUCCACGAUCGUGGUGGGUGUCCGUGUGCUGGAUAUUAACGACAAUGACCCCGUGCUCCUCAACCUCCCCAUGAACCUCACUCUCAGCGAGAACGCCCCUGUCUCCAGCUUUGUCACCCGCAUCCUCGCCCAGGACGCAGACAAGGGGCCGAAUGCCCUCCUGACCUUCGACAUAACAGCGGGCAACACGGAGAAUGCCUUCUACAUCAACAGCACCAGUGGCGUCAUCUAUGUAAACCGGCCGCUGGACAGGGAGCGGGUGGCAGAGUACAGGCUGACCAUCACAGUGAAGGACAACCCUGAGAACAUCCGCAAUUCCAGGCGGGACUUUGACCUGCUGGUCAUUACCAUAGCGGAUGAGAACGACAACCGCCCUCUCUUCACGCAGAGCUCCUACCAGGCCGAGGUGAUGGAGAACUCGCCCACAGCUGGAUGUCCCACCGCCUCACCUGGGCCUCGCCAGUCCGUCUGCAAGGCUGCAGCAGCCUCCCCUCGCUGUCUCCUGCCGUGUGGGGACCCACUCUGUCACCUCCUCCAUCCAUUCAUUACUGUCCUUCAUGUGUCACCAGGGCGGGAAGGGGACGGGGAGCUUCAUAGGGGGUUGCCACCCUCCCUAACCGUACCAUCAUCCUAUCCAGGUACUCUGGUCACGGUGCUGAACGGGCCCAUCCUAGCUCUGGACAGUGACCAGGGUAGCAAUGCCGUGGUGACCUACCAGCUCCUGGAGGCAUCCCAGGACCUCUUUGUUAUCGACAACAGCACAGGUGUCAUUUCGGUGAAGCCUGGUGCCGUGAUAGAUCGAGAGGCUUUGCCAGAGCCUUGCCUGGAGUACACGCUGGUGGCUCGUGACGUGGGGGGGCUGUACAGCACUGCCAGCCUGACAGUGACCAUCCUGGAUGACAACGACAACUACCCUGUCUUCCAACCAGCAUCCAUCACAGCGCGACUGCGGGAAAACAGCCCCCCAGGUUUCUCAGUCCUCCAGGUGACGGCCACAGAUGCCGACAGUGGCCUCAACCAGCAGCUGGAUUACCGGAUCGAGAGUGGUGGCCAGGACAGGUUCCUGAUUGAUGCCACCACGGGAGUGAUCCGCGUGGCCAACAUCAGCAUCGACCGGGAGGAGCGGGAUGCUUACCGGCUGACAGUGGUGGCCGUGGACCAGGGCACACCGGCGCUCUCAGGCACUGCCACCGUCAGCCUCUUCAUUGACGAUGUCAAUGACUGCCGGCCUGAGUUCAUCAACCCCAUCCAGACAGUCAGCAUCCCUGAGUCUGCCCUCCCCGGCACUGUGGUGGCCGAGGUGACCGCCAUCGACCGGGACCUCCAUCCUCGCCUGGAGUACUACCUGCUGGAGAUCGUGGCCCGCGAUGACACAGACACACUGGUGCCCAAUCAGCAAGGAGCCUUUGUGGUGGAUUUUAGGACAGGAGCUGUGAAGAUCAAAACUCCUCUUAACCGGGAACUGGUGGCCACCUACGAGGUCACCAUCUCUGUCCACGACAACGCCAGCGAAGUCAUUGACCGCUCAGUCAGCGUGCCCAAUGCCAAGCUGACAGUCAACGUGUUGGACGUGAAUGACAACACACCCCGUUUCCGCCCCUUUGGGGUCACCCAUUUCACUGAGAGGAUCCUGGAGGGAGCUACGCAGGGCACCACACUCAUCUCCAUAUCAGCAGUGGACCCGGACAAAGGUGCCAAUGGGCAGAUCACCUAUGAGCUGCUGAACCUCUCCCCAGAAGGCUACGCCUGCCUCGAAGACCCGUCGGCAGGGAAGGUUGUGGCCAACAGGACAGUGGACUAUGAGGAGGUGCAGUGGCUGAACUUCACUGUCCGAGCUUCCGACAACGGCUCUCCGCGCAGAUCCGCAGAGAUCCCCGUGUACCUCCAGAUAGUGGACAUCAAUGACAACAAUCCUGUUUUCAGCCAGCCAUCCUACCAGAAAGCUGUCUUUGAGGACGUACCAUUGGGUACGGUCAUCCUGAGCGUCAAGGCCACGGAUGCAGAUUCUGGGCGUUUUGCUCUCAUCCAGUACAGCCUGGGAGACGGAGAGGGCAAGUUUGGAAUAAAUCCUGACACGGGUGACAUCUACAUCCUGUCAGCCCUGGACCGGGAAAAGAAGGAUCAGUACACGCUGACAGCCGUGGCCAGGGACAACCCUGGGGACAUCUCCAGUAACCGUCGGGAGAACUCCGUGCAGGUGCUGAUCACAGUCCUGGACAUCAAUGACUUCAGGCCCCAAUUCAGCAAGAGCCAGUUCAGCACCAGCGUCUACGAGAAUGAGCCCGCAGGGACGUCAGUGAUCACCAUGACCGCCACCGACCUGGAUGAAGGGGAUAAUGGUGUGGUCACCUACAGCAUUGAGGGCCCUGGAGCGGAGGCUUUCAAGAUCAAUAAAGACUCUGGACUCGUCACGUCCCGCCGACGCUUGCAGUCCUACGAGAGAUUCAACCUGACUGUGGUGGCCACGGACAAAGGGCAUCCUCCUCUCUGGGGGACCACCAUGCUGCAUGUAGACGUCAUCGACAUCAACGACAACCGGCCUGUCUUCAUCCGCCCGCCCAACGGCACCAUCCUGCACAUCAAGGAGGAGAUCCCACUGCAGUCCAACGUCUACGAGGUCUACGCCACGGACAAAGACGAAGGCCUCAAUGGAGCGGUGCUCUACAGCCUACUGAAAACCGGGGCGGGGAACAAAGACUGGGAGUACUUCAGCAUCGACUCUGUCAGCGGGCUGAUCCAGACGGCCAUGCGGCUGGACCGGGAGACGCAGGCGGUGUACAACCUGAUCAUCGUGGCCUGUGACCAGGGCCAGCCAGCCUACGAGACCAUGCAGCCCCUUCAGAUCGCUCUUGAUGACAUUGAUGACAAUGAACCCAUCUUCCUCAGGCCACCCAAGGACAGUCCCCAGUACCAGGCUCUCUCUGUCCCCGAGCACUCGCAGCCAGGCACUGUGGUGGGGAAUGUCACCGGGGCUGUGGAUGCAGAUGAGGGCUCCAACGCUAUCGUCUACUACUUCAUAGCAGCUGGGAACCAGGAGAGAAAUUUCCAACUGAGCCGAGAGGGGAAGCUGCAGGUCUUGCGAGACCUGGAUCGAGAGAAGGAGCCCUACUACUCCCUCAUUGUCAAAGCGUCCAGUCAGAGGAACUGGUCCCCUCCACGGGGCCAGCGGGCAGGCAGGGCCCAGUCCUGGGACCUCAGCGGGGACCUGACCCUUCAGGAGGUGCGGAUCUUCCUGGAUGACAUCAAUGACCAGGCCCCCCAGUUCACUAAGUCGGAGUACACGGCGGGGGUCGCCACCGAUGCCAAGGUGGGGUCAGAGCUGAUCAGAGUGGUCGCAGUGGACGCUGAUGUGGGCAACAACAGCCUGGUCCUGUACAACAUCUUGGGCAUCCGCUACAUCAAGCAGCACUCCAACGACUCUGAGGAGGUGGCCAACAUCUUCAGCAUUGGAACCUUUGAUGGGAUCCUACGAACCUUCGACCUCUUCACUGCCUACAACCCUGGAUACUUUGUGGUGGAUAUCAUGGCCUCUGACCUGGUGGGCCACAACGACACAGCCAUUGUGGGGAUUUACAUCCUGCGGGAUGACCAGCGGGUCAAAAUCAUCAUCAACGAGAUCCCCGACAAAGUCAGGCAGUUUGAGGAGGAGUUCAUCAGCCUGCUCUCCAACAUCACAGGGGCCAUAGUCAACACAGAUGACGUGCAGUUCCAUGUUGACAAGAAAGGUCGGGUGAACUUUGCACAGACGGAGCUGCUGAUCCACGUGGUGAACAGGGAGACCAACCGCAUCCUGGAUGUGGAGCGGGUCAUUCAGAUGAUAGAUGAGAACAAGGAGCAGCUGAGGAACCUCUUCAGGAACUACAAUGUGCUGGAUGUGCAGCCUGCCAUUACUGCCCGGGCCCCAGACGACCUCUCGGCUCUGCAGAUGGUGAUCAUCGUACUGGCCAUCUUGCUUUUCCUGGCUGCCAUGCUCUUCAUCUUCAUGAACUGGUACUACCGGACAGUGCACAAAAGGAAAUUGAAAGCCAUAGUGGCUGGUUCCACUGGGAACAGAGGCUUCAUGGACAUCAUGGACAUGCCAAACACCAACAAGUACUCUUUUGAUGGGGCCAACCCAGUGUGGCUGGACCCCUUCUGCAGGAACAUGGAGCUGGCAGCACAGGCAGAGCACGAGGACGACCUGCCGGAGAACCUGAGCGAGAUCACAGACCUGUGGAACAGCCCUGCCCGCACCCACGGCACCUUCGGGAGAGAGCCCUCUGCAGCCAAGCCUGAGGACGACCGCUACCUGAGGGCAGCCAUCCAGGAGUAUGACAACAUCGCCAAGCUGGGGCAGAUCAUGCGGGAGGGACCCAUCAAGGGCUCUCUCUUGAAGGUGGUCCUGGAUGAUUACAUGCGCCUGAAAAAGCUCUUUGCCCAGCGGAUGGUGCAUAAGGCCACUGUCAGUCAGGGGGACCGCUCCUCGGUCUCAGAGGUAGACGGGUGUGCAUGGGCAUGGGGAGAUGCUUGCCGUGCCCUCUGGGAUGCAGUGUGUCUUCUCAGCCCCGCAGGCUGCAGUCGCUCUCCACAACUGCAGUCUCCAUCUCCCAAGUGGUCCCCCCAUUCUCUUCUUGGUCAAAAUGAGCCAGCACUGGUUUUUCACUAA